AUGGACGGAGGACCAGCAGCUUCACCGUCGACUAUAAAGCCCAUAAACAAGGGCGUCGUGUAUAGAAUUUCUGCUGGUCAUGUUAUUUUGGACCUUUCCUCCACCGUCAAGGAGUUGGUUGAGAACAACUUGGACGUCGGCGCCACCAGCAUCGAGGUUUCGCUCAAAGACUAUGGCGCUGAAUCCUUCCAGGUUAUUGACAACGGUUGUGGCAUCUCGCCUCACAAUUUCAAGCAAAGAACAAAGAAUGAGCAAGUGGCGACACACUUGACUUUUGAUCGUUCGGGCCUUCUGUUAGCUGAAAGGAACAUAGCUCGCCAAGCUGGUACCACUGUCACUGUUAAGAAGUUGUUCUCCACUUUACCAGUGCGAAGUAAAGAGUUUCACCGUAACAUCCGAAAGGAAUAUGGAAAGCUUAUUACAUUGCUGAAUGCCUAUGCUCUUAUUUCUAAGGGAGUCAGAAUAGUUUGCACCAACACAGCUGUAAGAAAUGCAAAGUCUGUAGUUCUGAAGACUCAGGGAAGUGGAUCCCUGAAAGAUAACAUCAUAACAGUAUUUGGUAUGAGUACCUUUACUUGUCUGGAGCCUCUUAAAGUAUGUACUUCUGAUGGUUGCACAGUUGAAGGAUUCAUUUCUAAGCGUGGUUAUGGUAGUGGACGCAAUAUGGGGGAUCGGCAAUACUUUUUUGUGAAUGGACGGCCAGUUGAUAUGCCAAAAGUUGGCAAGCUUGUCAAUGAGUUGUACAGAGGUGCAAACUCUCGACAAUAUCCCAUUGCAAUCAUGGACUUCACGAUCCCACCCAGAGCAUUUGAUGUCAACAUAACUCCUGAUAAAAGAAAAAUAUUUCUGUCCGAUGAAGGCUCCAUAUUGCAUUCUUUGAGAGAAGCUUUAGAGAAAGAUCAUGUUGUAGACGAGAAGUAUAAUUUUGAGCGUCUAUCACAGUCAACUAUCUUAAAUCAGCAACCUUUGCUUCGGUGA